CAGGCAGCCAGGUCUGGUCACUCGAGAUUAUGAAGGUGCGCAGAGCAUCCUCGAGCAUCCUCCCGGGGGUGGUUGGCAGUGGCAGCGUCAUACUAAUGAGCGUGGUUUCCCUUCGUUUGGCCGUCUUGAUCUGUACAUCCACUGCACGAUAUGUAAUAUACCUGAGCCACUUGCCUUGCUUGCACAACACUCCUUCUGCAGGACUUCCAUCGAUUGUCUUGUCAAUCAUUCGCUCUUUCACCUGAUCAUCCAUUCUGGCAUUCUAUCAUUCUCUUGUCCUCUAGCCGGCGAGAAGGAAAAGCCCAAACUUUCGCCCAUGGGACCAUUCUAGUCUCAAGAUGUCGUGGUUGAACGUACCACAAAAAAAACUGGUCAAGGUCGUUCUUUCAGUCUUUACACUAAUUCUCAUACUCCAUUUCCUCACCACAGGCUCGAGCAAACCCAACCAGAUUCAGCACAACUUCAAGCGUAAAUCCUUGGUUCAGCGUGAACGACAAGAUGCUGUCAGACGCGAAUUCCUUCACGCGUGGACUGGCUAUCAAGAUCACGCAUGGAUGGCUGAUGUGCUGAUGCCAUUGUCUGGGGGCAGAAGGGAGCAGUUCUGCGGCUGGUCGGCCACUCUGGUCGAUGCCCUCGACACCCUCAUCAUAAUGGGCUUGGACGAGGAGUUUCAGGAAGCUCUCAACGCGACACUCACCAUCGACUUUGCUGACAGUAUUGGCCACUGUAAUGUUAACCUAUUUGAAUCCACCAUUCGCUAUUUGGGUGGUCUGAUGGCAGCAUAUGAUCUCAGCAAUGAUGCCAGGAUACUUCCAAAGCUAGUUCAACUGGGCGACAUGUUGCAUUUGGCCUUCAACACAUCCAAUGGAAUGCCCUGUACCAUGUGCAAUCUAGCAACCAAAGACGCUGUAAUUGAAUCGUCCGAAAAUGCAGCUUUGGCCGACGUUGGAAGCCUAUACCUGGAAUUCGCCAGACUUUCCCAAGUAACAGGGGAUGAAAAGUACAUGCACACUAUCGACGUACUGAGCGAGGUCUUUGCACGUUCACAGAAUGACUCGAGUAUACCAGGCUUGUGGCCGGAGAACCUCAGCCCAAGAGUGGUUGAUGGACCCCAGUCAUAUGACUUUGCGAGGAAGAGUUCCCGAUAUGCCUUGGGCGCCAUGUCUGAUUCGGCCUAUGAGUACCUCGUCAAGGCGCACCUCUUCAUGGGAAAGACACGACAUGUCUAUGGAUCAAUGUGGGAACUUGCUUCAAGGCAGAUCAAACAAUAUUUACUGUUUCGAGCAUUCAUCCCAGGCGCCAAUGACACAGACAUCAUUUUUCCCGGCAUUGCGACUCGGGAUCUGGGAGUCAGGGAGACCUUACUCGAAACAAGGACAGAGCAUCUGGCGUGUUUUGCUGGUGGCAUGUUUGCUAUGGCGGCUCGAAUCUUCGACAACCCCGACGAUUUCUACAUAGGCGAACAAAUCACCAAUGGCUGCGUGUGGGCAUACCAGAAAAGCCCAACCGGCAUCAUGCCCGAAACGCUUACCCUCCUACCGUGCUCCACUGACGACGGGCAACAAUGCGAAUGGAGCGAUGAGUACUGGACAGUACAGAGCAAUCGAUCCGAAAACUGCAUGAACGGAAACUGUCAGUACCACCGAUUCCCUCCAGGCUUUCUGCAAGUGAAAGACCCAUCGUACAAAUUGCGGCCCGAGGCAAUCGAAUCAGUCUUCAUCAUGUGGCGAAUGACAGGUGACGAAUACUGGCGAGAAGUUGGGUGGGAAAUGUUCGAAAACAUCAUCGAGCAUACGCGCUCUCCCUUUGGACAUGCGGCACUCAUGAGCACCAUGGAAGUGUAUCAGCGCGACACAUACGAGAGAGGACUGAUGGUCAGAAAGGUCCUCGCCAGGCAAAUGGACGAUAUGGAGAGUUUCUGGUUCGCAGAGACAUUGAAGUAUUUCUACCUGUUGUUCAGUGAGCCCAGCUUAAUCAGCCUCGAUGAGUGGGUCUUGAACACCGAAGCCCACCCUUUCCGGCUGACUGAGGGCAUUCGAGGAUUUUGAUCUAGCAGUUCAACACUGUAUCGCCACAGCCUGUGACCACUUUGGUCGUACCAGCCGACGACUCCGUCUUGUACGCUGAUUCGCAGUAACGGCCGACGUUCUGCGCAAGGCCGUCAGCAAAUCUCUCAAAUGGCAGGAACAGGACGAGAACUCCUGGGAACAAAACUCACUGUGCUUCCACGACAGAAUGCAACGCAGCAUCCAUCCCCGGGUUCUGACUCGUAAAUCCAGGAUUGGGCCCCGCCUGACCAGCCCACUUUGUGACUGCCGCUGCAGCGAGUCACCUGUCAGCGUCAAAAGGCAAGAAGGCAGCAAGGUUGGAAAGAUGAAAGGACUUAUCAUACUCUUCAGUGAAAGUGGCUUGAUCGCCUUGGAAGUCGGUCUUGCUGUACAGACUGAUGCGAUACGUGGACUUUGCCGACGCAGAGAUGGCCAUGAGGCUGCCGAGGACGAGCACUGAGAGCUUCAUGUUGGCGUUCAGAGAGCUUGUUGGAUGUUUGGAUGCGAACAGCGACAGUCUGCAGGAAAUUGGGAUGGUAGAUGAUAAGAUGUUUGCUUGCUGGUUCAUCCUCUGCGAACCCUUUAGGACUAUUUAUGCUUCUUCAUACGUAUCAAACACAACCCGCAGUCUCCCAGAAGGAAGAAGGAACGGGUCUGUCUGGCUGUGGUACAAAUUGGUCAUUCCAAGCUACUUGGUCCAGCUUGGAUGCUCCCUGCCAAGCAGGCGCACAUGUUGUUAUUAUUGUUGUUGUCCAUAGAAUUGCUGAAAUUGCCAGAUGUUACAC